AACGAGAGGAAAAUAACAAAUUCCUAGAAAAUCUACAAUUUUGUGCGCUAAAAAAGAAAAUACAAAUAGUCGUUUCAGUAUAAUUUUCUCGGAAAAUAACCAAAAUCCAGUCCUUUAAGCUUCAACAUCCAAAGAAAAAAGAAUGACUGCAAGUCAUUUGGUUGCUGAAUCCGUGUGGAAAACAAUAGAGUCAACUCAUUCAGUAAAUGAAGAGCAACUAUCAAUCUUGCAUUUUCUGUUUGGUAAAAACUUCGAGAGAGCAACAAGGAUAGUUGACCAAAGGGGUGUCAAGAAAAUCUCCGGUGAACCCAGCGGUCGUUUUAUCUUUCAGGUUGUGGGAGAAUCUAGAAGAAAAGAAGAAUAUUUCUGUUUUGCUGAACAUUAUUGUGCUUGUUAUUCAUUCUUUUAUGAUGUAAUUAACAGAGCAGAACAGCUUUGUUGUAAGCAUCAAUUAGCUGCAAGGCUUGCUGGAUCAUUGGGAGCUUGUAUUGAAGUUAAAGUGUCUGAUGAACAGCUAGCUGUAUUACUUUCAGAGCUCUAAAUUUUUGUAGUAAAAUCGUAGCGGGUCGUAUCUGAAAUUUAAUCUAGUCGGUUCAUGCAGUUACCUUUAAAGAAAUGACAUUCAAUAAAUAUGAUUCAAUUCUUGAUAAAUAAAAA